CAUUUUAUUACCUUCUGAUGAUUAGCAGUUGACUAAUCAUUCAUCAUGAAGAGACUGGUGAUUUGUUGGAUUUCUCUGAUUUCAUUUUGCACGGCUAUUCAAUACGAUGGCUACCGAGUUUAUGAGGCUAGGCCCAAAAAUGCAGCUCAGGUGGAAGCGUUAUCAAAUUUAGAGUUGUCGGAAUUAUUUGAUUUCUGGACUACGGCGCGCCUGAACACACCGACUGACAUUAUGACCCCUCCAGAACAAGUGGAAGAAUUGCUUGAUUUUUUUAAGAGCCAUUCCAUCCAAUAUCGUCUAAAAAUUGGAGAUGUUCAACAAGUAAUUGACGAACAACGAAACAAAAUUCCUAGCGAAAUGAUUCAAGGACUUUCUUCUAAAAGUUACAACCUUACCUGGGACAAUUAUUACCGCUAUGACGAUAUUCGAGAGUUUGCUUAUGCAUUAAGUGCCUCCUACCCGCAAUUGGUAACUGUUUCUGUUGCCGGAAAAAGUUACGAGGAUCGAGACUUGAUUCUGAUCAAAAUAUCCAGCGGAGGAUCGGGAACUAAAAAUGCCAUUUUCGUGGACGGAGGAAUCCAUGCCUGCGAAUGGAUUUCACCAGCGACGGUGACCUACAUAAUCCGCGAAUUAGUGGAAAAUUACGAUGCACAUCCACAGUACGUUGACGACGUCGACUGGUUUUUCAUGCCAUUAGUCAAUCCCGAUGGAUACGAAUUCGCCCAUACUGAGAGCCGAUUGUGGAGAAAGAACCGACGCAUCCACGAUGAAACCAACACCACUUGUAUCGGGACGGACAUCAACCGUAACUUUGACUACCACUUUAACGAGGGCGGAUCAAGCGAUAAUCCCUGCGCUCCAACAUACAAUGGCGGCCAGCCUUUCACCGAGCCGGAGUCGAGGGCCCUACGUGACGCGAUUUUGGCCGAGGCUAACCGAACCAAAUCCUAUUUGACAGUGCAUUCCUAUGGACAGCACUGGUUAACUCCAUGGGGGUGGACUACAGAAUAUCCCGAUGACUACGAUGCGAUGUUCGCCCUGGCCACCGAUGCUGUUGCAGCUCUGACUGCGGUGUACGGAACUGUUUACGACAUUGGCAGUUCAGCCAAUUUGCUUUAUGCCAACAGCGGGCCGAGCGACGACUGGGCUAAAGGAGUAGCUGGAAUCCCUUACACUUACACGAUUGAGUUGCGUGAUCAAGGGCCUGUCUACGGUUUUCUCCUUCCACCUGAUCAAAUUAUACCGUCGGGGAUCGAGACUUGGGAGGCUUUCAAAGUGAUCGCUGAAGCCGUGGCUCAAAUGGUUUAAGCCGUUUAAACCCCUCGUGACCCUGAAAGGAAGAAAUAUGAAAUUCAAUGUAUGUUUAAAAAUCUAGUGCAUAAAUUUAUUCACUACGAAUAAAUAUUGAAAAGUA